UCGAUCGCGAAUUGGCGACGGAGAUGCCGCCACAGUCCGCCGCCACGCCAACGCCGACAGCGGCGCAUCCUAUGACGACGGCGCAUCCUAUGACGACGGCGCAGAUAGAGACCGCCAUCGCGGCGCUGCACGACAAGAAGCAGCGCCUCCGCGAGGCCUACGACAUCCUCGUCCUCUCGUCGCCGAUCCCUCUCCCCUUCCGCUGGUCCGACCUCGACGCCUACCUCUCCUUCCUCCAUUCCUCCAUCGACGCCCGCUUCAGCCAGAUGCGGGCCCUCGAGGCUUCCCGUCCCGCGCCCGCCGCCGUUGACCCCCACGGCGUGGAGUCCGGCGAGGACGCGGAGAUGGAGGACGUCCGACUGCAUGAAGUGAAGGAUGAGGACAUGCCGGCGCCGGCGAAGAUGGCGUCUCCGUCUACGGUGCGGGUUAAGGAGGAGGCCCCGGAGGUGAGCUCGGCUCCUCCAUGCGGCGUCUCGGGUCUUGCGGCGGCAUGCGCGAGCGCGAGCAUGGACGCCCCUAGGCUGGCGGAUGCCGCGGGCAAGCGCGACUGCGUCGUGCAAGAUGGGUUCGCGUGGCACGGUGCAGCGCAGCCACCUCCGAUCCCUGGUUGCCCUGUGCUGCAGAAGCAGCACAUAGGUAGCGGCAGCGCCCGCCAGAAGGGCAGCCACCCUGACCCUGCUGUGCUUCGGAAGCGGCAGCACACCGCUAACGCCAUGAACGCCGGUGGCUCCGUGUCCCGGCAGCACAUGCACAUGGGUAAACCCCGGUACGCGGGUAACUUGCGUCCGCAGCAGCAGCAGCGCGUCGUGGACGUGGCUAACGCUAAUCCCACGUGCCCCUUGCCGCCGCCGGUGGUCGCGGGCUCCUCCUUGCCCCUCGGCCACUCCUUGCCGCCGCCCGAGCAAAGCGUGUGCGCAUUCGUGUCUAAUCCCAUGAAUCGCUCGCCGCCGCCGAUCAUAGGCUUCUCGACGCCGUCACCGGCGCGCGUGGGCGUGGCCAAUAUCACGAACACCUUGCCGCGGCCGCCGCCGUGCGGCAUGGCCAACCCCCCUAACUCCGGCGACCUGCCGGCGGAGAGGAAUCAUCACCCCAUAGCCAAGAACCACUCUGCACCGGUUCCAGCACCACCAACAGUUGCAUCACAACAAAGUGAAUCAUCAGCCACGGCAAUCGACAAGAACCAAAAUUCCGGCGAUGCCUGCGCGCAACCGCAACCCGUCGCGGCCGGAGCUGGCCCAAACCAAAACUCCGGCAACCAGAAGCAAGGCCGGCGAAAAGGUGGCGCAAAGAGGCGAGGCGGACGAGGCCAUGGCAGCAAAAGCAACCACAUCGGAAACACCAAUCUUAGCAACAUGAGCAAGGUGAUUGGCAAGGGCAAUGGCAAUGGCAAUGGAAAUCAUCUCCGGUUCAACCAGAAUAGCAACAAUGCAGGGCAGCUUUGCUACAGGUGUGGGUGCAGUGGGCAUUGGUCUCGCAUUUGCCGAACACCUGAACAUCUAGUUAUACUUUAUCAGCAGCAGUUUUAUCAGCAGCAAUGGCAUCUCCAGCAUAUGUGGGAGCAAGGACGGGUUAGGGAUCAUAGAUGGGUACAUUGACCAAACCUUUGUAUGUAAAACACCCAUUUUCGAGUUAACUCAAUGCUACCAUACUGAUAAAUACUAUGCAUUGCUUUGUGUGUGUGUGUGUGUGUUUUUUUUUUUACGACAUUGUGUUUCUGAAAUUUAAGAGUUACAAUCAUGUCGUUAGUUUCUAUGGUUCUGUUGGAUUGAAGAGUUCAGACUUGGUCAGUUUAUUAAGCUAAAUUUUAACCUCCAGCAGUAAAGCUAAAAAAGCACAAUGACCUCAUCAGGGUUCAUCUGGACAAAGGCCAGGCUUGUAAUAAAUGUAUCAACUUAGAGGGAUCCAUUCAAGAGCAGGAAUUUUACAUGAUUUUAU